GGCCCAUGUCCAUAUAUGGUCAUCUACGUCACACAAAUGUUCCAUCCCCCUAUUUAAUACGGGCUGGCUGGAGUCCCCUAUCCAGCUCCAAUAGAGCAAGUAGAGCUGCUCUUGUGCAACCAACACCACCACCUCCUUCAUUGAUUCACAGACUUCAAAUUCCCCCACAAGCAGCCCAUCAGCUUCCACAGUGAUCAGAUUAAUAACAACAAUAGGCUGUGAUCACACGGGGGGAGAUAACCGGCGCUGCUCAUCCUCCGCGGGAUACUUGGAUAGCUACAGCAACAGGAUCCAUCCCUGCGCUCCUUUCUUCACGUCCGAUCCACACCUGUGUUUUCCACUUCGAGAACACCCGGUGAUUUUUUUUUCUUUUUUGCGUGACUGUCUGGAUACCUGCGCGUUGUCCUCUAUAAAUGUCGGACUGAAUAUAACUGCUAUGACAGGGAAACUAGCGGACAAGAUCCCUCUUACCAUGAGCAGUUUAAUAAACACGAUUCCUGACAGUCUCUACCCAGAAGAGGACAUCCCGACGUCUAUGAAUAUUUUCACCAGUACGGAAUCUAUAAACCACUACUCGCAGAUGAACACAGAUAAUAUCAUGGACCUGGGCAUGGGGAGCGAGAAGGCAAGCUCAGAGAUUCAGUAUGGAUCUGGCUUCCAGUCCAACCGCAGCGGGCAGACUGUCACCUAUCUGGGGAAGUUUGCUUUUGACACCCCUCCUUCGGGUGGCAUUGGGGGCUCUGGCUGGUGCUCAGAUAACAACAUCAUCAGUCUUGUCAGUGCGGGGAUCCUAGGUGUUUCUCCAUCGCCCGGCACAGUAACGACGCAGACAUCAUCCUCCGCAGCCAGCAUGGGCGGACAGACGUCAGACAUGGAGCAGGUAUAUGGUCCGCCACUGCCUGCCUAUUCCACCUGCAGUGACCUGUACCAGGACCAGGUCUCCUUCCACCACAGCCCUGCCACCAGCACGGCUCUAGCCUACCCUGGCAAUGACUAUCAUUCAACCUCCAAAGCUUCCAUGGAUGGCAGCCUUUUCUCCAUGAUCCCCGACUACAACCUUUUCCACCACCAGGGAGAGGUUGGCGUGAUGGAGCACAAGCCCUUCCAGACCAUGGACCCCAUCCGAGUCAACCCCCCACCCAUCACGCCCCUGGAGACCAUUAGAGCGUUCAAAGACAAGCAGCAAAUUCACCCGGGUUUCAUCGGCGGGCAGCAGCACCCGCCUCAGCACCACCCUCCGCCCCAGACUCUCACCCUCAAACCCAUCCGACCGAGGAAGUACCCCAACCGCCCCAGCAAAACCCCCGUCCACGAACGGCCGCACGCCUGUCCCGCAGAGAACUGUGACAGACGCUUCUCACGCUCAGACGAGCUCACGCGUCACCUCCGCAUCCACACGGGUCACAAGCCCUUCCAGUGCCGAAUAUGCAUGCGCUCCUUCAGCCGGAGUGACCAUCUGACCACGCACAUCCGCACGCACACGGGCGAGAAACCCUUCUCCUGUGAGUUCUGUGGACGCAAGUUUGCCAGAAGUGACGAGCGAAAGAGACACGCUAAGGUUCACCUGAAACAGAAGGACAAGAAGCCAGCUGACAAGAGCAGUGGGGCAGCUGGGAGCCACAGCUCACCGCCCAGCUCCUGUGGGGGUCCAACAGUGGGAUCAUCAUGACCGUCACUAUGUACGCUUGGACUGGACCCUCAUCACACACCAUAAAGAGACUUAUGAAGAAGGGACGUCCACUAUGAGAUAAAUAGGUGACUCUUUUCCUCUCUUUUACACCCCUUUUCAGUUCCUUCUGUUUUGAGAUGGAUGCCUUUAGUUUAAGUCAGAGGGGAACGGCUGCUAUGCCCUUCUCCUUCAAACAACUCACAGCCUCAGCUACUGUAACACAGUGCCAACACAAAGAAGGGCACCUUGGCACAUUCUGUCCAAAAUGCCACUGUGUAUCUAUAGGUUUUGGAGUGGAUACGCUUUUGUAAAUUUUACAGAAAUUUUCUAAAUUGGAAGGAAGCCAGGAUCUAUAGGACAGGGGUCGAACCAGGCAAAAUUAUAAUGGAGCUCAGUUAAAGGUUGUCUUGGAUGUAUGCAUUAAUUUUAUUAGGCUGUUUAAAAGUGCAAUUGGUUAUAUUUACGUCAUGGAUACCUUAUUAGUGGCACUUGACUGUCUUUUUGUUGUUGUUUUUUUUUUUGUUUUUUUUUGUCGUUGCUGUUAAGGUGUAGUGUUUUUAUUUUCUAUUUGAAUGUUGUUUUCUCAAAAGAAUGUGCCAAAUGUAUUGUGGUGAUGCAGCCAACCUUGUUCUUAUUAUCGUGCCUGACAUUUGCCAAACAUGACAGUGGUAUCAGCUUAAGCACAAGUGUGGAGUCGAGGAGAGAGCCGAGUCAUUUGCCACAUGCCCGAUUUAGAUUCAUCUGCACAAUUUGGUCAGGUCUAGAUCACGUCUGACCGGGUCACACAAACGAACCGAUGUCUUGUCUUGUCACCUGUACUUAGAAAAGAAACACGCCUGCAGCAAUCGAUGCCUUUGCCAAUACUUAUUUAUUCGUAGUCACUGUGAGACACUGUGUAUUUUUGUUGCCUUUUUUUUUUUUUUUAAAUGGUGGCUUUAUGUGAUGUUACCAGAUAUAAUUUCUGUUGCCUUUCAUUUUUUCUAAAAGCUCACCAGUACCGUUCAUGUUUCAGUUUUCUUGAGUUUUGCAAUUAUAUGCAACAUAGUCACCAAACCAUAAAUCAAAUUAACUAAGAGCACAUUUAGCCAGGCUUAAAUAAGGAGCACGGGCUUGUAAACCAGCAGUAUGUGAAAGAAAAGAUGAAUAGGGAGAAAGAUGACUGAGGCCCCUUCUCUGCGCUUCAUGAUGUAAAAAGAGUUGGUUUAAGCCACCAAAAGAUGAGCAGCAUAUGGUAAGAGAAAAAUAAAAAUUUCCAAAUCUAUGUUUACAUCUUUUCUAACAGACAGAGAGACUGAGCUGUAAGUAAGUUGUUGUUGUUUUUGUACAGUAUACAAAUAUGUAUGCAGGUAGCUACAGUAGUAGAAGUUUCACUUUUGUACUCAAAUGCACCAUAAUUCAGUAUUAAAUUGUGCAAAUAUGUGCAUGCCUUCAUGCACACUAUGUAAAUAUGAAUGUCUGCAUAAACAAGAACUUUCAAUUGACUGAAUGCUUGUGCAGAAUAUGUCUUAAAGCUUUUAGUAAUGUAGUUAUAAUACAGAAUAUUUUGUUGUCAUAGGUCAUCGCAACAAUCUACGGAGCACCGGCUACAGUAGUGCCAAAUAUCGUGUGCUAUCUUCCAUUUCAAAAAUAAAAGAGUAAUAGCAUUUGCACUAUCUGUAUGCUUUAAAGUGGAGACUGGUUUAAGGAAGCACUAAUGUGUUCUCUGAAUAAAUGACAAGUUGUUGUUUUUUUUUUUACAAUCUCCAUUAUGGCAAUUUGUUAUCUCAAUUAGCACAUAUUCCAGACUGUUCUCAGAAGGAUGAUCCUGGUAGAUGUGCCGGACUAAUCUUUACACAAUCGACUCUUUGUGAAAGAACUACUUGUUUUAUCUUUAAGUGAAACAUUUUGUGGUGGCUCAUUUCGGUUUCGUUUGGGUCCUUUGGUAUUUUAUGACAAUAUGGAAAAAUACCAGGAGAACCACAUUUGACUGAAGUGUAUUAUGGCUCUUUGAAGCAAAUGCAUCAGAACUGACAUACUAAUUUGGUAUUUUGGUCUGGACCAGUGAAUUUAUUACAGUUUAGGUCACAAUCAAAAGAAUAAUAUAUAAAUAUAUAAGACUCUAGAUAUUUACGUGUUAUUUUCUGUCAGUCCCUGUAUAAAACAUCAGGACGUCAAACAUAUUGGCGGAUUCAUAAAUUCUAGUCAUAUUUUGGAGGAAAAAGAGCCCAUCAGUCUAAAAGGAUAAUUUCAGAUUUAUUGAAAUUCUUAAAAUAUUUCUCAGCACCACACGGUCCUCUCCUUCUUUUAACGCCUCUGGCCAUUUUAUUGACGGUACUUUUAUGCUCUCACACUAUUAAGGAGCGUAUGCUUUAUGCGAGGCAGAGAAUUUAUAUAAACGUUGCUAACUUAGCAGUGAAGUAUAAAAUAUUGCGGCGGUCAGCAGGCAAAAUGGACUGACAAAUGCAAAGGCCGGAUGAAAGGUCCAGAAAAGCAGAGCCACAGAGAACACAGUGCACAGGCCAUCCUCUCCUUUUCCUGUAACAAACAGUUUUCACAGCCGAGCUUCCUGGCAAGUGUCCACUUAUUUUCCAAUUAAUUUGGCCUCAGAGGGUCUUUUCUCAGCUCAUCUACGUGGUUAAAUGAACAGAACUCCUUGCACUUUUCGAGAUAGUUUAAAGGUUCACAUAGCCUGUAACAUGUAACUACAAAUCAAUAGUUUAGUAUCAUCUAUUGCAAAAAUGGACCAAUACUGAUAGUAUAAUCAAAACGAACCUGAGAAACCUGUCAUACUUCCCCACAUUGAGACCUUCUAUAUAUUGUAAUCUCAGGUAAUUAGAUUAAUAAUAAUGACCCCUAUUAAAAGGUUAGACUGGACUGGAAAGAAUUUGUCAGGUUAAAUCUCACAAUGACCUCUAAUCUGAAUAUUCUGGCAAAUGCAGCCUCAUGGAGUCAGAACAAAAAGAAUAUAUACAGCAAAAAGAAAAAAAUGUUUAUCUUAAAUGUUUAUGUAGAAUAAUUUGAUGUUAGAUGCUGAUUAUUAUAGACUUUGGAUCAUAUCUGACCAAAAGUUAUGCUCUCCCCUAAGAGUGAACUGUGUUUAUGUUGCUUUGUGUUAAAGAAUGAUGCAGAGUGAGGCGGAGACGACACCAAACUAUUUCCCCGUCUAAAUGAAGCCGUGUAAUUACAACUUUGCAAACUCAAUAUUUCAUCAGUCUCACUGUAUGUGUGUCACUUCUGUUUCGUGACUUUUUUUUUUUUUUUUUUUUUGGUAAUGAACAGAUAGAUUUCAGGCUGCACCAUGUCAAACAAUAAUCUGUGUAAUGUGUGAAUGCUAUAGAUAUUCAUGACUUAAUUGUUAAACUCAGAAACACCCCCUCUUAAUAAUGCCUCUCCAAGGAAUUUUUUUUUUUUUUUUUUUUUUUUGCGUGUGUGUGUUCUAUUGUCUAAGAGUGGACGGCUGAGAGCUCUGAAUUUGGAACUUGCCUCAUCCUCGUCCUCUGCUCCAUGUUGGAUCCGAGCCAACAUCAGCAGCCAUCUUUGUGCCAAACUGGGUUGCAGGGUUGGCUGAUCAAAAACAAUACAUGAUGAGAACUCCACAGGAGCAACAAAUCAUAAAUGUGACCUCCGUCUGCUCGCAGCUGAAGGCAGCCUUGUGCUAAUGUUUGUGCGUAACUGUUUGAUUUAGUCUCCGUGAAGUUGGCCUUGGGCAAGGCCAUAAGCUUGGGCUCAUUCAUGACAGUUAAUACUUGUAGGAUUUAAAAAAAACAAAACUCACGUUUGAAGAGAUUUCAAUAAUGUGUAGAUAUUAUAGGCUACUCACGUCAUCUUACAGACUACAGGGUGGCUUCAGGGAUUUUGUGGUCUUCAACAGUGACACUGGUGUUCAGAUGGAGUCGAUACUCACUGUUUUCUGUUGUGUUGUGUUUCCUUUCAUUACAGUAUAUCCUCAUGUUUGCAUGUGCACGGAAAUGUUCCAAAGUGCUACCCUCAGAUGCUGCGGGUGGUGCUCAUUUCUUUAUUAUGCAUGAAAAUAAAAGUCACAUUGGGUGAAAUGGGAUAAACCUAACAACAAUGCAAGACAGACAAUUGGAAACACACACUGGGAUAACUGUUCUGUUGGCUUUUUUGUUAUAGAAAACAAGGGGUCUUGUUUAAAAUGUUGUGGAUGUCUUUAGCCUAUUUCAUGUUUUUAUUACCUUAUAAUAAGGUCCUUUUAUGAUGAGCUGAAUAUUGAAAUGGAUUUUACUAUAUCCUUGUGAUGGGGAGAUGUGCUCCCCUGUUUACUUGGCACUUCAGUUUGUUGUAAUGCAAUUGUUUUGUUAUUUCUAUGUAAGUACUUGAAUAAAGAAAAAUAUAACUUGC